AUGGAGCGGGGGGACAGGGAGGCCUCGGCGGUCCUAGGCUCAGAAACGAGGGGAGCCGCAGGGAUUCCUCSGGAAUCCGGGGAUUCCAGGGAAGCCGCAAAGAGUCCUGCUGAUGGUACWCCAAGAAGACCCGUCUUAUCAGUCAGUGCGAGGAAGAUUAAAGAUAAUGCGGCGGACUGGCACAAUUUGAUCAUGAAGUGGGAGAGACUGAACGAUGAUGGAUUUACUACAGCAAACAAAAUCGUCAACAUGAAGAUCAGUGAGCAAUUUCAAGAAAAUAAAUUGGAGAUAGCCUGUGAUAACAGUACCUCAGAGCUUGAAAAGCCACCUGCAAAAUACAACGAAGAGCUGGAUAGUUGCUGUGCAGAAUUACUUCAGACCUUUAAGAAUAUGACAAAAAUACAACUCAAAAUGGAAAAGCUGUGUUCAACUACUAAAGGAAUCUGUGACUUGGAAGCAUUCCACCACAGAGCUGGGAAAUGUGCAGCACCCUUGUUUCACACGUGGCCCACCCCGUACUUCUAUGAGGUCUCUCUGAAGCUCUCUGAAAUGUACAAGGAGGAGCUACAACUCAAGCAAAUAAUUGUACAAGAUAUUGCUCAUUCUGCUGACCAGGACCUGUUGAUGGUCUAUUUAUCAUCGUGGUUAUACCAGCCUUACAUUGAGAACAGCAGCAAACUGCUCCUAGAAGCCAUGCUGCUGGAAACGGGACAUAGGCAGUGCUAGGACUGCAAACGGUGCUCGGCUGUUUCUGAAGACAYGGCAAGUUUGCAAGGCUCACCAAGUAUGCUGCAUUUUUGUAAAAAAUAUUAAAAAUACUUUUCUCCAUU